GUUCCAGUUUUCAGUCAUAAUUCGCUGGAGAGCUAACCUGAGCACAUCUCGUGGAGUCCAAGAGAACUUGACAAUCGGUAUUCACUGUGUGGCAUCUGUAUUCCUUCACACUGUUAAACUUUAACUUCAGCCGUGUUUAAUUCUACACACUGACAGAAAUGGAUACGACCUCAAGAACAACACUGCACAGGCAAUGCACCCAAGGUCUCCUUACCAGCCUGCUCCUGUCUGCCAUCGUGGCGCUGUGUACGUCGACGCCCAUACCACCCGAGCAAAUACAUCCCUGGCGGCACUACGAACGGCUGGUGAGAGAAACACAUGUUCUGGACGAGCAACAUCACAACGUCUACACAAGCUUCAAAACGAUCCGAUUCGACGAUGCAUCGAUCAGGAUUGACGAUUUCAGAAUCGCAGGUGUCCCUAGUUUAAACGACCUACCCGCCCCCGUCGACCGGUAUUCAAUGCAGGAGAGCGAGCUUCUGCCAAUCCACUACUCGAGACUACAUGUGUUUGAGCAGAUCUUGGCCAGGGCCAGAGCGGACGAGUUUCAGCUUAGGAUGGAAGGUGACGCCAACUUCCACGACCACUUGUUGGUAGUUUUGAACCACCUCCAGCGAGUCGUCUCCAAACUCAGACAAACGAUGGUGUCUCUUGACAUUGCCCACGAUUUCGACGCCACGCCCUCCAACAUCGUCUUCGCAAACAACCAGAACCAUUCUUACCUGAACAUGAGGAUCCUGUACAUCUUACAAGAACUCAACGACAACCUCUCGCCCGCCCUGGAGGACUUCCUCAAAUUUAUGGAUACGCAUGAGCAGCCGUCGUCAUAGCAACUCUGAUCACGAAAAAAAAAAGAUAAGACUUUUUUAACGAAAAGCCCGCCAAUUCCGAGGGAAGAUGGUAAAGCUUCAUGCGGCCUAUGAUCGCAGUAGGCCUACACGCCUCCAUCGGCUAUUUAUUUAUUUAUUUUUUAAGUUUUGCAAUAUACUGAAAUCGGUCGGUAAAGACCCGUUCCCAUUGUCCAGUGUGAGCAGUCAGUUCGCGCUUUUUCUGUUUUUAAGUAAGCGAUAUUCGCCAUUUUACUCGCAUUGUGGACCCUAUUCUGUUACUGGUUGUCAUGGUUGUUUUAAUUGUUUAGAGACUUUUAACUGAACUAUUAACCAAAGAUCAAGCAAACACAGUGGAUUCGGAUGUAGCUCUUUUUUUGUUUGGAAAAGAAUCGGAAUUUUAAAUGAAAAUCUCUGCACGUCUGGAAAUGAUUCUGAAAUUUUGCACUCGUCGUGAUUUUUGUAAAGUCGAAAAUUCUCCAUACUGAUUGGUGAGGGGACAUUUUUUAAUGCGCGUAUUUUAAUGAUCUACUGGAAAUGGUGGCGGGAAAUAAAACCAAAAAUAAGAUUUCUUUCAAUAUUCAUCAUCAUUAUUUAAUUGUAUUCAGAACGCAGUGCGUUUUCAUGUGAAGGGAGCAGUAAUAUGCAUUAAGUUAUUUGUUCUUUGUGCCUAGAGCAUUGUAAAUUCUUUUAUAUGUUGUAUUUAUUUUAUCUUUAAACAAAUAUUUAAGGAGAGAAUGGAAGCGAAGAAUGAACAGUACUUAUAUGUGCCGUUUAAUUAGCAUAGUAUUUAUUACAAAUUAAUUUAUUGCGUAUUUAUAACUGGCAUGGAUGUACUUGGACAGAUAUCUUUAAAAGAUGGCGACCCAAUUAAAAAAUAGACCCAAUUGGAAAAUUGACCUAAUUGGGGGAAAAAAGUGAUCCCGUUUUGCAUUGAAUUUACAGUGGGAAAAAUUGCUAUCUCUUAUUUCACUGUGAAGUUAUGUUCUCACGAGGAUUUAACUUCCCUUGUCCAAGUCUUUCCCAGUGGAAGUUUUGCUUAUCAAAGAAUUCUUUGUAACAUAAAAUAUUUUGGUACUUUUUCUUAAAAUAUAGCAAUGUAAAUACUUAUUUUGAUAUUUUUAUAAUAGUAUUUAAAGCGGUUAAUAUUUAAUAUCGUAUUUAGCAGCUGGUGCUGUUUUGGGGGGUUGUUUUGUAAAUGCUCUCAAGUAUGUCUCAAAAUUGCAAGAAAAGAUAAAA